AACGCACAUUUUGUUGUUGUCAAAAGAUUUUCCACGUUGUUAGCUAGCUCGAGCAUGAGUGUGGUUUCGGAGACAGAUUGUAUCUUUAUUUAACUCGGUAACUAAAAGGCAGUAUGGUUGGAAAGAUAAAGCGGGUCCGUGAAAAGCUUCAUCAGGCUGCGGUUAAACUUGACAGUCCUCCGUCCGGUGGCGCAAGAUCGACAGAUUUAGAAAAGGCACCGAUUCCUGUGAUCACAAGUGGUUCAUUCAUCUUCGAUGUAAACAAGACCAACAAUGCACAGCUGCACAUAAAGAAGGAUGAAAUCGCGAAGAAACCACUGAGUUCCUUUCCAAGUGGAAUCUUUGCUGGCACACAAAUCAGCCCUGAAGCCCUCGUGCAAACUCUGAAGUGUGAAGAACCAUCCAAUGACACUGGUACACCUGCACAGAAAGUCCCUGAGGAGAAGAAGCAGCAGACGAAGAAAGAGAAGAUGAAGGAGAGGCGAGACAGGUGGCUAAACAAGAUCAGCUCCAUCAAGCUGGCCAAGGAGCAGCAAGUGGCCCAGGCUAAGAGGGCGGCCAUGCCCGUUGUGGGUGACAUGAGGCCGCUGGCAGACGCCCUGCCAGAACUCUGCCAGCUCAUCCCCGCCACCACCAGGACCUCCAGAAAGGCCUCCAGAAAGAAUAGGGUGCCAGUGAAGAAGAAGCCAGAACCAACAGACUUCAGCCUGAUGAAGCCAGCACAAAAACGCAAACUCCUGGAGAGUGAGACCAGCCGGUUUAGUGAAGCUGUGAAGAACCUGGCACACAGCAAGACUAACCCUCUGGCAGCUAUUGGUGAGCAUCUCAGGAAGAGACUGAAGCAGGAAGAGGAGCAGGGGCCUAGCUAACCUGUUCGACUGGAGACGCCAUUUGGAUCUGCAGUUGAGCACCCCCCCCCCCCCCCCCCCAGAGACAUGGAUCGUGUUUGAGAUCGAAUACGUUGCAGACUAGCUGACUGAUCUAGAAAUAACCUUGCACCCUAAAUAACUACUUAUUAUAAUUGGUAGAUCAGUCACAAAUUGAUGCUUUCGAACACGGCCAUGACACAAGAAAGCCCCUGCCUUUUUUAUUUAAGGGCAACCCUGAUGCCUGCGUCCCUGUUCCCUGUGCCCAAUCUACCAAACCUGCCAAAAUCAAUGAGAUCUUUUGAUUGAAGUGGUUUUGGUCAUUGUGCACUAUACCAGUAAAACAUCAGAGGACUUACAGGUUGUCUGAGUAACGGCGAUGUUUACGACACCUAAUUAGAUCAUGCCCCCAGUUCUGGAGAAGUUGAAAAUGAAUAGUUACUUUUGUGAACGAGGAAAAAUGUAAAUGUAGAUGUUGAGAUUAGAUCUGUCAUCAAAAUGACUCCUUUCAAUUUUUGUACAGUAUCUCUUCCACAUUUCUUUUAGGAGAUAUUAAAAAUGCAGUACAGUACAUUAAAA